CUCCGUAGAUGGUAUAGUCAGUUGUCAGUUCAACCCCCUGCUUCUCUGUCUCUCUCUCCAACUUUCCCAAAAUUGAAGGUGACUUCUUCCCACUCUUCCUCUCAGUCUCUCACAACUGUUCUGCACAUUAGCGUGAACGUUUCAUCCUACUGCACUCGAUUCAUUUUUUCGAUUCGCGCAAUUCUCUCUAUUAUAAUCACCACAGUUGCGUUUGAUUUUCGCCCAAAAUGCAAUUCACUUCACUCUAAAACCUCCAAUUUAGGGUUUCCAGUUUCACUUCAAUGGCUAUCAGAGGCGUCGACUUCAAAUGGUACGAUGGGUUCUUCUUGUCGAUGCUUGCCACAAGUGUAGUUAUAGUGGCCGUUAACUGGAAGCGAUACCAUCUUUGCACAUACCCUUUGCACAUAUGGAUAGUGGUUGACUACACCACUAUUUUCUUGUUUCGACUUUUGAUGUUUGUUGACAAUGGGCUCUCGGCUGGAAUGGGACCGGACUUUGGCUGGCAGCAGAGUUAUGCUCGCUUUUGUGGUAGAGUAGCAGUUCUCUCUAUCCUCUCUCUGUUACUCUAUCCCUUUCUUUGGGGAUGGACCGUCAUCGGCACCUUGUGGUUCACCAAAGCCAGAAACUGUUUGCCUGAAGAAGGUCAAAAAUGGGGUUUCUUGAUAUGGCUGAUGUUUAGCUAUUCAGGGCUUUUUUGCAUUGCUUUCUUUUGUGUUGGAAAGUGGUUAUCACGAAGACAAGCUCACAUGCUACGAGCUCAUCAGGGAGGAAUUCCUAUUUCAGAGUAUAGGGUGUUGAUUGACAUGAUACGUAUACCUGAUUGGGCAUUUGAAGUAGUCGGUCAAGAGAUGAGAGGCAUGGGGCAAGACGCUGGUACAUACCAUCCAGGGCUUAACUUGACUGCAGCUGAGAGGGAAGCAGUGGAGGCCCUCAUUCAAGAUCUGCCGAAGUUUAGGCUGAAAGCUGUUCCGACUGACUGCAGUGAAUGUCCCAUCUGCUUGGAGGAGUUCCGUGUUGGAAAUGAGGUUCGUGGCUUACCUUGUGCUCACAACUUCCAUGUGGAGUGCAUAGAUCAAUGGCUCCGGCUAAAUGUGAAAUGCCCUCGGUGUCGGUGCUCAGUAUUUCCAAACCUUGACCUGAGUGCCAUAUCCAAUCUCCGUGCUGACUCAGAUCAGGAACGACCCUCGCCUACUGUUGUGACAGCAACUCAAUAUGUUAGAUCCCAAACACCUAGCCAGAGUUAUCGCGUAAGGUUGCAGGGUUUGUUACGUCCUAUACGGACUGAAAAUGCAGGAUAUGGUAAUGAAUCUGAAAAUGCCUUGGAAGUGGCUGAGAAUGGAGGGUUGCUACUUAAUCCAGGCCCAGCUCGUGCGAAUUCCGGCCCAGAUCGUGUGAAUCCAGGCCCAGCUCGUGUGAAUCCCUCGCCCUAUCUUGUUGAACAUGAUGUUGCUGCUCUGUCUUCGGCCCCACACCACUAACGCGUUCUGAAUACCUAGGGAUUUUUUUGGCACUCUUACGACUGCAAAUGUUCGGACGUAAUUGAGGUGGAAGGUGGAAGUUAAGCGGCCUCAGAUGUUAAAGUCUGGGGAAGCAAUGUGAAGGAACUCACUUUUGGACUCAGGAAUUUGCAAAGUGCAAAAGCAGUAGUAAAAUUUGCACGAACGAAAUUAAUUGACUGAAUUGUACAUAAUGCUGCUAACCAGGUUUGUUUUACCUGAUAACUGAAAGUUGUUCAGGUUUAUGCUAUGCAAUAUGCAUGCACCUUCUGGCUUCUACACAUAUAAAGAAGAGGAAACAAUGACAAUGCAUUUGCCUUGUCAAUAGCUUUUGUGAA